AUGACAAUCAAAGCAUCAUCUUCAGAAUCUAUAUACGUGAUACCUCCCUAUCUACUUGAUACAUAUGAAGGAUCUCAAUUACAAAGAACAUUGUUUGAAAAUAACCCACAAUUAAGUGAAAAUAAUGUAAUAACGAAUGAUUCCCCAUAUUUUUAUAAACCUCAACCAAAAUCUAAUGAUAACAACACUACUAAUACUAAAGAUAAAUAUUCAUUUUCAGAUAAUCCCAUUCUAAAUCAACUUAUAAAAGAAAAAAUACUAUACAAACUAAGUAUAUUAGGAAUUUUAGGAGUAAAUCCAAUGGAAUUUAAUAAAUUUGAUGAUAAAUAUAUAUUUGAAACUUUUGAAAUAUUUAAAUCAAGAUUACUAGAAGAAACUAGACCUGAUUCUGAGUCUGAAAGUAGUAGAAGUACAACAGCUCCAUUGACUAGGGAUUCACUACUUGAUACAAUCACGCCACAAACCAUUUUUGCAUCUGAAGAAGUAGGAGAAAUCGGUUUCAAAAAUUUAUAUAAAUAUAAUGAUGAAACUAGAACAAAGUAUGAGAAGGACCCAACAUAUAAAAAUUUCUGUAACUCAUCGUUGAAGGAGUUAUUGAAGUAUAACGAUGUUUAUUACAAGUAUAAGUUGAAUUAUCAACCUAGCUAUGUAACAUUUGGCAAAGAUAAUGACUUUCAAUAUCAUUUACCGUUAAAUUGGACUCCGUUGAUACCGUCUAAAUAUUUAAAAUACAUAAAGGACAAUUGGAACCUUGAAAUAGAUAAUUCUUCAGGUUAUUCCACGAUUGAAUUGAAGGCUGGUUCCUCAUUCUUUGAGAAUAGCAAUAGCUCCAUCGAUGAAUUUAAAAACAGAUAUUAUAAUUUUAUAACAGAUAAUUCGAUUAAAUCUUCAGCUGGUAUAUUUUAUUACGAAAUAGAAGUUGAACAAAAAUUAACUCAAUCAACUAAUUAUAAGUCAAUUAUUUGUAUGAAUGAUUUGUCAAUAAGUUCGAAUUCAACUUUAGAACUUUUAGCAGGUUUCACAAAAAGAUUUAUAACGUACGACUCAGUCAAGAUUCUGAAUUCUGCAAUAACUCAUUCAAGUUUCAUAGAUUUAGAAAAAAUAAAGAAUGAUAUACAACAUGAUGAAUCUACAGAAGGAUUUUCAAGUUCUGAUUUAAAAGUUUUGUUGAACACUAAACCAGGUGAGUUCAAAGGAAGUUUUGCUGUAAAUUUUGCUGAUUCAUCAUUCUAUAACUCUAUAAAAGGUUCAGAAUCACAAGCUAGAACUCAAAUAUUGAAUAUGAAUAGAAGAUUAAGCACAGCUAUUAGAAAUAACCAAGCGGAUCUUGACUCAGGAAAAUUGGAUCUUGGAGUACCGUUUAAAACUAAAUUGUUAGAAGAUAAAUCUAUGAAAAGAAUUUAUAAAACAGAUGUCAUUGGUUGUGGUAUAAAUUUUGUUAACAAGACGAUGUUUAUUACUUUGAAUGGGGUAUUGACUAAAAUUAUAAAUGAAAAAGAAAUGGCAUCAGCUCAUUCAAGCUCAAAUGACUUAUUUGAAAAUUCAUCAAAAGAUUUGGUAAAAGGUGUUGAAUUAUAUCCAAUGUUAGGGUUCAAAUUGAACGAUAAAGAUCUUCUGUAUGAUCUUAAGGAAGAGCCAAGUACAUGUAAAAUUACUACAAACUUGGGUUUCAAGGAAUUUAAAUAUAAUAUUAAUAAUUAUGUGGAUAAUUUCAAGAAUGAAAAUCAUAAAACCACUUACUUAUCGUUAUUAGAAAGAAUCAAGAGUCAAGGGAGUAAUAUUAAUAAUGCAAAUGAUGAAUCUAUCAAAAUUGAAAAUUCAUUAUUAAAUCCAAAUGAAAAUCCAAUACUAAUGAAUAAACUUAUCAAAGGUUAUUUGGUUCAAAGGGGAUAUAUCAAUGCUUUUAAAGCUUUCAACUCGGAUUUGAAGGAUUUACAAGUUGUUUCUGAUCCAACCACCACUGAAGACACAAAUCAAGAAAUCAAUGAAGCAAUUCUUGAAAAAAGUAACGCGAAAGAAAGACAACAUAUUAAAAAAUUGAUGCAAGAAAAUAAAUUUGAUAGAAUUAUUCCAUAUAUCGAAUCAAAAUACACCUCAAGUAUUUUCAAAAAUCAAGAUAUUGGCAAAGAUGCAAAAUUUGAGAUCAAGAAAUUAAAUUUCAUGUUUAUGUUGAAAAAUUAUUUGAAUAGAAAAUUACAAUUACAUGAUAAUUUUGAGUUUGAAUUUACUGAUAAUGAACAAGAUAUCUUGAAGAAAGCAAUCAGUCAAAGAAAUCAAUUGUUGAAAGAAUUCUCAAAUAAUUCAACUAGACAAGAUGAAAUAAAUGAGUUAUCAUCAUUACUAUUAAUUCAACUGAAACAAGAUCUUAACAAUUUACCCAAAGCAAAAUUAUUAUUAAAAAAUUUCGACUUGCAAUACAACAAAACUUUUGAAUUGAUUAACUCGGCUAUUUUAAGUUUAAAUGGAUUUGGAUCAAAAUCAAAUUUACAAAAAAUAUUUGAAAAAGUCGAUCAAAAUUUGUCAAAAUUGGUUAAAAGUGAUAAUAGUGAUGAUUUUGUAUUGAUGAAUGUGGAAAAGGAUUAUAUGGAGUAA